AUGGGCGCAAUCAUCGAGCAACUUGGGUAUAAAUUGGUUUGGUCAGCCGGUAGUUGCAAGCUGUAUCCUCCUGAUGGUAAGUCGUUGAGGCUUAGGGUCAAAAACGGUUGCCCGGAAUUGGUUGAGAGCCAGGCCCUCACGUUGAUAUCACGGUUGGAGGAGCACAAAAUGCAACAGGUUGAGGAGCUCAGGCGAAGGACGGAUGAGGGGAAGGAUCGCAUCAGACAAGCGAAAAUCGCGAUGCAGCGCACAUGGUGGGAUCAUUUGGUUGAGCAUGUUAGCUCGUCAGCGCCAGCAGCGGGCCACAUGGCAGUAUCCACGGCGCCAUUCUUUCAGGAUGUGCCCGAUCGUGCAUUGUCAGGCCUACUCCCAUCGGAAGAUGUGGACUCCAAGACUUUGUGGAAAGCUCUUGAAGAAGGUAUGCCAAACCUCAACCGGCGAAGGAGGAAGGCACUUCAUCGAGCAUCCAAUUGGGUUGUUCACUUGUUUGCGGGCCCUGGCUCGCACAAGGCUUUCAAACGAUUGGAGUCGCAGGAUACAGUUGUUGUUGAGCUUGACAUUUGCCGCUCAAGGAGCCAAGAUCUUUACCAUGAUCCGCUUUGGACGCUUCUUGCUAAGGUUGCAAAGUUGGGACGAGUUGCGGCGGUCAUUGGAGGUCCACCAACCCGCACGUGGUCCAUGUCAGGGCACCGCGCUGAUGGACCACAUCCACUCCGCUCGCCCACUGAACCGUUUGGCCUGAGCACUCUCACCUCUGACGAGCGUGAUCUCGUUGAUCGUGAUACGGGUUUGUAUGCUCGCAUGUUGUGGUUGCAUGCACUUUCCACCGCCGGGAGGUGUGUGCACCCUAACCCGUCGGAUGGAACAUCCAUGGUGGCAUUCAUGUUGGAGCAACCGUCGGUUGAACACCACAUGGCUUCAAGCCAUUCUGCUGUGGGUGGCGCCCCCGCCGACAGCCGUGUGUCUCCAGUGUGGGCGCCGGGGUUUGUGCAAGCCAUCGUGUACGCACUCCAACGUUGGCCCUGUUACCGCAUCAUGAAAUUCACCCAAGCGGAUUGGGAACAGCAUGUUGCGAACAAUCACGUGCCGUACCGCCGUGAUUGUGCAGUUUGCGUGCACGGUGCCGGAAACGGCCGCCGCCACCACGGUGUAGUUCACCCGGAUGUGUAUUGCAUGUCAGCCGACAUUGCGGGGCCCAUCCGUGUGAAGGGCAAAGACCCAGAAAGCCGCAACCACCGACCAGCCACGUUCAAGUACUUCCUCGCUGUGUCGUACCGCUUCCCACGGCUCAAAGGAGUGAAGGAGGAGUCAGACCCCAGCCAAACCGAGGGGUUUGAUGAUGCAGCACUCCUCCCGGGAGGGACGGAUGACCUUGCAGAUGAGGCCUUUCCCGCAGCAGAAGGCCCCCCGCACGAGGAUUACGAGGACUCCCUGUACGAGCCAAGUUUAGCGGAAGAAGAGGAGGAGGCGGAAGGUGAAGGAGUUGAAGGGCCUAGGGAGUUUGCAGCCAAAGUUGCCGAGGAGCAUCCCUGGGAGUCAGCCAGGUGUGAACUCGAAACACCGCCUGACAUGGCGAGGCUGGUGUUUGCAGUGCCACUUCACACAAACAAGGGUGAUGAUAUCCUAAAUGCCCUCCAACAGGUGUACAUUUCCCUAAGAACCUUGUGGCCUUGCGCAAUCAUGACAGCUGCGGCUCAGCAACGGGCGCAGCAGCUGGGCAUGAAGUCUAAGCUUGCCAUCCAUUUUGGAGGGAAGUGUUCCGUGAAGCGAAAGUUUUUCAGCAAGAAGGGUGAUUUGGAGGAUAGAUGGGUUGAAGGUAAGUAUAUGGGGUUGUCACCAUCUGUGAAUGAUGGUCACAUCGUGUUGCGCAGCGAUGGUGUUGGCAACGGCUUUGUGCAAACACUCCAUGUUCGCACCCGCCUUGUUUCUCCGGAUCCACCGCCCUUGCAGUUUGUAGGAGACUCGCUUGAGGAGGAGCACACACCACCUCCACGCAGGGUUCGCGGCAAGCGGUCUGCUGGUGUGAGACUUGACGACGUCUUUGCACUUGACCCGCCGCCUCCCUUGCCGCCGCCAGCAGAAGCUCUACACCCGGAAGGGCCUGUGUCACCGGUUGAGGAGGAGUCUGCCCGUGUAGCGCGCUUGAGUCUGCAAGACCUCGAAGGUUUAGCUACGGAGCUUAUCGAGGACGACUGGGACCUUGAUGAAGCGUUGUGGGUGUUAGCCGAAGUGUGCAGAGCAGCGCCCCAGCUGCAACACAAAGCUGGGUUGUACCGUCACGGAGGUGUAGUAGGAGUUUUAGGGGGUACCACAGAUAAGCCUUGGCUGACAGAGCUUAUGAAUAUGGUGCUUUCCGCAGUUGCACCCACAGCUGAGUACACCUCGCUUUGGUUGUCUAACUCCACUGUUCAACCCGUGCACGCCGACCACCACAACCUGCAGGGAUCCACAAAUGUAGUCCUCCCUUUGAAGCUCCCGCCUAACGGAGGGGAUUUGUGGAUAGAACUCAAGCCUGGUGACCUAGUCAGUGGCCCUGUAGAGGAGCGGGUAGACGGCAAAGGUAGGCGCUGGUUAGGGACAACUCACAAGUUAGAGCGCGGUAAGCCCUUCUUCCUAGACCCUACUCGCCGCCAUGCCACCACUCCCUGGAAGGGUGAGAGAGCAGUGCUUGUCGGCUACACUGUCAACACGUUAGGCAAAGAGCUUGAGCACGAGUUUCAAAGCCUUGAAGCUUUAGGUUUUCCACUCCCAGCGUCGGUACGUUUACCGCUGACUGAGCAGCAAGACGUGAGACGUCUAGACGCGUUUGACUGCUUCGAAGAAGAGCCCCUUCAGGAGACAAAGGCACGUCACCCUGACGGGAAGACUUCUGAGUUAACGCCUGGGACUGUGCUUAAAGGCGGAGGUUGGAAAAAAACCCAAGCCGUAGAAGCAGGUACUGUAGAGCUGGAGGUGUCGUGGAACCUGAAACACUCGCCGGACCAAAGGCGAACCCAGUCUGAGCACGCCCUGCUGGCUUGCCAACCAGACACCGAGACACAGGUUGAGGAGGAGGAGGAGGAGGAGGGCUUAAGCGAAGACUCCUUGCCGGAACAACCAGUGCUGUGGGAGUUGUGGGUUCCACACCCGCAGACAGGUGAGCAGCUGUGUGUUCUCAGGUCUGACGAUUCGGACGCGAGUGAAGCUUGUGCCCUUUGCAAGUCUGAGCCGGUUUACACUACCAACGUAGAGCUGUUGCUUGACAGGUUGCAAGAACCACUGCAGGUAGUCCACACUGUAGACCCUCGGGAUGCAGAGCAAUGCAUCGAGAAGUGGAUGCCGUCCAUUCACAAGGAGAUCGGUGUCAUUGAGAAGGCUGUGCGGCGACUGCCCCCUGCAGAGGUCCGUUCCGGAGGUUGGCUAAAGCGCAAGGAAGUGAAGGUGGUUCCGUCUAAGUUUGUGUUCACAGUCAAGCCACCAGACCCUGCUGAAGCCUCCCUCGCUACCCGGAAGGGUCAGGCUUACCACAAGCGCAAGGCUCGCCUGGUUGCUUGUGGCAACCACGCCCCAGGCACGGGGUCCGAAGUCUACGCUUCAGGUGCUGCUGCAGAGACACUCCGUUGUUUUGUAAUCAUCAGCUCCAAGAGGAAUUGGUGCAUCGGGUCUCUAGAUGUCACCUCAGCUUUUCUGUUGACCCCAAUCCCGCAAGGCAGAGGUUUUCCAGUGUUUGCUCUCACGCCGCCUAGGUUGCUAGUGAGACUAGGUUUGGCAGAGGAAGGGGAGCUUUGGAUCCUCACGCACGCUGUGUACGGGUUGAGGGAGUCGCCUAAGCUUUGGUCGGACUUCAGGGACUGCCAACUUCGGGCGCUGAGGUGUGUUGUUGACGGAGUUGAGCUGCAGCUCCAGCAAGGAAGGUUGGACCCAAACUGGUGGCGUGUUGUUCGCACCUCUGACGGGGUAGUCGUAGGAGGGUUGCUCACUUACGUUGACGACUUUUUGCUUGCAGGCAGUAAAGAGGUGAUCGAAGCCUUGGCUACGGCCAUCCAGGGCAUCUGGAAAACGACGCCUCUCGCAGCCAGACAACGGACGAGGAAGAAGACCACACCCAGCACAGCACAGGGUAGGAACUACUCCACCCUAGCGGGUUGGAUCUCUCAGUGA